UAUUAGCAUGUUCUGACCCAGCAUUCCCAACAAAAGAUUCACUUCUUCCUUAUGCUGAGCUUUCCACAACUUAUGCAAAAAUGCGCAGUGAGGCUGGUCAAUUACUAGAUGUAGUCAAGUCUUCUGGUAUGUUUGAUGAGUUAUUGACAGCAACACAAAUUGAGUUGGACCGCUUGAGUGUGAAUGACGCUAUUGGUUUUGCUUCAAAAAUUCCAGCUUUGUGUAAUGAUAGUUCUGCAAAUGAGUCCUUGGCAAAGAACAUCAUGGAUGAUAUUGAAUCCUCCAAACAGAGACUCUUGACAACUUCUGGAUAUUUAAAAUGCGUUCAGGUUACUCGCUGCGAAGUUCUCUUCGAAACUAAUCGAACAAAAUCUGUCAAAAAUUCAAUCUUCUUACAUCCAAUCUAUUUGACCGUGCAUGUGAUCUUUUUAGGGUUGUAAGGAUUGUAUGUAUCCCUAGAGUCACAUUUUAUUCCUUGCUAACUAGUAGUUUGAUUUGUCUUUCCAUUUUCUUUAGAUUGAGGUAGAGAUUUUGUGAAUUCAAAAAUGACUCUUGGGAUUCUUAGUUAUUCUGAGGUGAAUGAAGCUAAUUUUUUCUUUCCCAAUUUCAUAUUGAUUUUCUGCCAAUUGAAUUGUUUGCGUGUUGAAUAUGAUAUUUGAUGCAAUGAACUAUUUCUAGUGGUACUGUUGCAUGUGCAUUUUUGUUUCUUAGUUUUGCUGAGAAUGAAAUUGAAAUGUUGAUAUGGGAAUUUAUAAGAAUUGAGAA